UCCUAUUUUUAGCAUUUUGUCAUCGUGGCAGUCUGUCGUUUGUUGCCGUUGUUGUUGUCGGAUUUAUACGAUAUACGAGUUUAGAAGUUUACUAGUCCUGUCACACAGGCACUGACCGUUACCGAGACGAGCACACGUUGUUUAAAAAUGUGCACUUUGCUUGGAAAUAUGAAAUGAGUGAUGAGUUAGGCAAGCUAACAUUGUCUGUGACGUGCUCGUUCAUCCGGUAAGCCAGACGAGACGCCACCAACUGCUGCACUCGAUUAGGGAAGUGGAUUUGUUACAGUGCCAGUGGAUUACGGAACAGCAGUAGCCGUUUGCAAUCAUCGGUUCUUUGCUUAACCACAGCAUUCCAUACGUACGACGUUCAUCGAAACAUCGUCCACGAUGGAAACAUUGAUCAACAGCAUAGAUCCGAACGUCUUUGAUAUGCUAUUUGACAAGCAGGACGGGUUGUUAACGGAUUCGAUUACGUUGAAUUUGGAUAUGCCAAUCUAUGAGUAUGAAAACACUGUCCAACCAGCGCCAGAGUCACAGCAUUUUGACGAGGAUUUAUUGUUGACGUCCUAUUUGUCACCAAACGGCGACGCGUUUGCCGACGCACUCCAGGGUGCAACGUCUCCACUUGGUAGUGAUAGUGGAAUAUCCUCAUCUAGUCCUGCCAGGUCGAAUUCCGACAGCGAUGUGAAUAUAGUAGGAUUCGAUCCUCUGCUACGCGGCAUGGGAUUGGACACGAUAGAGGGAAUAGACCUCAAUUCCUUGGACCCGGAACUGCUGGAAAACUUUUCGGUGGAGGACUUAGCCACAGAUUAUAAAGUUGAUAUGGACAUGAGUUCAGAUGAUGAGACUGAGAGUAAGCACAGUGAGGAUAAUAAUCAAAGCAUUGCGUCCAUACUGGAUGUUUCUGCUACUGCCCUGGACUCUAUCAAGACUCCCCCAGCUCAGGAAACGAGAAAAAGUUUCAAGUGUCAACCGCUCAGGCUGAACACGGAAGAGAAAAAGCUGCUGAAUCGGGAAGGGAUCGCGCUCCCAGAGAACAUGCCACUCACAAAGGCCGAGGAACGAACUCUCAAGCGGGUGCGCCGGAAAAUCAGAAACAAGCAAUCCGCGCAGGAUUCGAGAAAGCGAAAGAAGGAGUACGUGGAAGGCCUGGAAGAAAGGGUGAAGCUGUGCACGGACCAGAACAACCUGCUGCAGAGGAAGGUCCAGCAUCUUGAGAAGCAGAACGUAACGCUCAUCAGUCAGCUGAAGAGGCUGCAGACUCUCGUCAUCAAGACGACGAACAAGACUGCACAGGCCAGCACCUGCGUGAUGGUUCUGGCAAUCUCAUUUGCACUGCUGCUUAUCCCCAACUUCAGUCCAUUCAGCAACAACCGUACAAACUCCAAGACCGCAGUGGACAUAUUUGAAGAGACAUUCCAUCCGGUAGCAGGAGCAUCAAGGACGAAAUCAUCGACGUCGAGAUGCUCGAUGAGGAGGAGAAGAAGCAGGGAGGAGGAGGACGCAGCUACGACUUUGCGAUCUCCCCGUCCCUCACCGUGCUCGGUGAGCACUCCUACAGCAAGGCGAUGCCCGUCUAUGAACCGACUCCGCCGCAAUCGCCCGACAACAACUCCAUGGAGGCAGAACCACCAGAGAAACGUAACAUUUCGGAAGCCGUGUACAGAGGAAGACAGGAGCAGCUCGGCGGACGCCACGAGCAAUAGAGGCGGCCGACUACCACCGCUGAGAUCCACUCCUGAAUGAAUGAACGUCGGGGGAGGGGGGGGGAAUGUCGAGGAGAUGUACAAACGAUGAUUAAAACGAGGCGAGAUGACGAAAUCGUCAACGAUUAAAUGACAGUGACGCCACGGACCAAACUGUAAAUACUAUGUGUAUGUGCGCAAUUUAGCUGAGUUCGCCCUAGUGAGCGUAUGGCGCCGCCGUCUCCUGUGACGGCGAAACUUGCCCGUCGCGUGCGUUUGGGUAGAGCGAAUUAUUUAUGAUGCAUUGUAUAUUUGCAGUUUACUAUUUGUUCGCACGAGUGGGUGCGUAAUUGGAACGUAGAUCUUGGUGGGAAUGUGUGUGUAAACGAUCUCGUUUAGCACGGUAAGAAUCGUUAUUUGAAGCUAGUGAGUUGCACACUUCACGAACGACGAAGGUUACUAAUUGUAACUAAAUUGAGUUGGCGGUCGAUACGCCGUCACGGUGUGCUUGUUUACGCACUGUUGUAAAUACUGUAAAUAGCAUGCAGCCGUGCAGAUUUUGCAUUUCGGCCGGGAUGUGAUGUGGCAUUCUGCAAGCGCGCGGCGGUAUAGGCUUAUGGUGAAUGGCAUCAGUCUUCUUGAUAGCUGUUGUUGAAGCUUUAGCGUAGUUAAAAUGCCAGGCGUUUCUUUUAUAGUGAAGCAUCUCUUCUUUCAGGUGUAUGUGUUCGAUUAAAUAAGCUGUGAAUGAUCGUAACGAGGUAACUAACAGACACUGUCAGACAGUAUACUUAAUCAUGUGUAUGGUACAUAAUUAGUAAUCAUUGUGUUAAACCUGUUAAAGGUUGUAUCACUGCAUAAUUUGCAGCUGAAUUGUGAACACAAGAGUCAUGUGUUUACUAUUGUCACUGGUAGUUUUGCUCGGAUGUUAUGAAUGUGCACUAGUCGCAUACUACUGUAUACGCUGUAUAUUUCGCGGUGGUUUAAUUUUUGCUAAUUUUGCGAACGCGUCCCCGACCGCGAAAAUAACAACACGUGAAUAAUUCACCAACCGCGAAAUUGUCCAUCAAGUCUGAAUUCCCGAAAUAUCUGUACGCGAAAAACAUGGCGUAUACAGUAUCUUAACCGAUAUUACGACGCAAGGGUAGUUGUCUACUUCUGGCCUACUGGAUUAGCUAGUCUCUUGUUUCAGAUAGUUAUUGUUUUGUUUUAAGCUGGUUAUCAGUGCAGUAAUCAUAUUCAGUGUAAACACACUGCAUGCUUAUCAAUAAAUCAUGAGAACUUA